GUGAAUUUUGAUUGAAAUGAGUUUCAACAAUUAUCAAUCAACUAGCAAUACCGGUAGUGGUGGUGGUGGUGGUGGAUUCACCACUGGUAGUAAUGAUGGAUUCCAGGAUUUUCCCAAAUUGGCUCAAAUCGUGGCGAAUAAUGUACAGAAAAUUUCGAAUAAUGUUAAUCAAUUGCAACGAAUGGUCAAUCAGUUGGGUACUCCACAAGAUUCGGAAAAUCUUCGUUCGCAAUUACAUCAGAUUCAGCAUUAUACAAAUCAAUUGGCCAGAGAUACGAAUAAAAACUUAAAAGAAUUGGCCAAUAUUCCUGCAUCAGGAAUAUCAUCCGAACAGAAACAACGACGAAUGCAAAAAGAACGUUUGACGAAUGAUUUUUCUGAAGCUUUGAAAAAUUUUCAGGUCAUCCAACGGACAGCUGCACAAAAAGAAAAAGAAAGUAUCAUUCGUGCACGUGCAAAUUCACAUAUAAAUGAUAAUAAAUCAGCUCUAAUCGAUUUGCAAAGCCCACAAUCAUUUCAGGCACCAAGUCAACCAUCAUCACAACAACAACAAAAACAAUUACAUAUUGAAGAGGAUGUUGACAUUCAAUUAUUACAGGAACGAGAGCAAGCAAUCCGUAAAAUUGAAUCUGAUAUUGUCGAAGUUAAUCAAAUAUUCAAAGAUUUGGCUUCAAUAGUUCAUGAUCAAGGCGAAGUCAUUGAUAGUAUCGAAGCAAAUAUCGAAUCAACAAACAUUCAGAUUCAUGAGGGUAAUGAGCAAUUGGCUAAAGCUAGUGAUUAUUCUAGACGAGCACGAAAAAAGAAAAUGAUUAUGAUCCUGAUAUUUUUGAUUAUAUUGGCCAUCAUUAUUGCAGUUAUCUAUGUUUCCAAUUGAAAUCAAUGUGAUCCGAUUCGAUACCAUUCUCAAAACCAGUUUGCAUGAAUAUGAGGAUGAUAAUCAUAAACAUUCAAUUUUUUUCCAUUAUUAUAUUCAAAUGUAUAAUCGAUUUAUUUUAUUGUCCUAAUUUAUGUUCAAAAAAAAAACGAAAAAAAAUCGUUUUCAAUAGUUUUGCUUUCAAACGACAUUUAACAUUAAAAUUUGAAAUUCAAAAAAAAAUGCAUGAAAUUUUUUAAAAAAUCUAA